CGUCAGUGUUACCCAACACCUUUUACAGAAAGGUGCUAUAAAAUCUACUUUAAAGUUAUACCAUUGGUUUAAUAAAGAAUAGACCAUGGUGCCAACACCGCAAGAACUGAAUGCAGCUCCUCAAGGAGUAGGCGAUGGAGAGAAGUCGGCAGACAGGGUCGUGAUCUCCGGCAUGUCUGGCCUUUUCCCCAACUCUUACCACGUGAAAGACCUUGCCGAAGUAUUGUACAACAAGCAAGAUCCAAUCUCUUCGAAACCUCGAUGGCAGUACAACCACCCCGAGGUAGCUCCGUUCACUGGGAAGGUGCCUGACCUAGAACAUUUUGACGCACAAUUCUUCAAGGUGCACUUUCGUUUGGGCCACACGAUGGACGCUAUGGCUCGCAAGAUACUGGAACAAGCAUAUCAAGCUAUUUAUGAUGCUGGUGUAAGUCCGGAACAUCUCUCCGGAAAGAAGGUGGGCGUGUUCAUCGGCACCUGCUUCUCUGAGACUGAGAAGGCGAGUUUCUACGUGGCCAGCACGAGGAACGGAUUCGGCAUCGCUGGAUGUAACAAAUCUAUGUUCGCCAACCGAAUCUCUUACUGGCUGAACGCGAAAGGGCCGUCGAUGUCGAUCGACGAGUCUUGCUGCAGCUCUAUAGCGGCGCUGGAGCAGGCGUACCUAGCAUUAAGUCGAGGCGACUGCGAGGCGGCCAUUGUUGGCGGCGGCAACAUCUGUCUGCAUCCGCAGGCAUCGCUGCACUACGGCAGGAUCAUGUCAUUAAGCAUGGACGGGAAAACUAAAUCUUUUGAUGAGAAAGCAUCUGGCUGCGCGAAGUCGGAAGCUAUCAACGUUCUGUUUCUUCAGAAGGCAAAGGAUGCUCUGCGAAUCUACGCGGAUGUAGUCCACGUUAAGAGUGAAUUUUUACAAAUUGUGAACAGUGAGACCGGGCCUAGGUACGGGUUUUACCGCGAUCCGCGGGAUGUAGCUGUGUUUUUGAAUAACUUCUACAAGGAAGCAAGAGUUCCGCCGCAAGCCGUCGAGUAUGUUGAAGCAUUUGGAUCAGCUAUUCCAGAGGCAGAUAAAGCAGAAUUGGAGUCAAUCGACGAUGUAUUCUGCAAAGACAGGAAACAGGAACUUCUUGUGGGCAGUGUUAUGUCAAACAUCGGGUAUGGUGAAGCGGCUUCGGGAAUCUCUGCUGUUACCAAGGUUCUUUUAGGUUACCAUACAGGUGCACUGGCAGCCAACUUACAUUGUGAUACACCGAGGAAAGAUGUCGCGGCACUACGCGAUGGUCGCAUACGCAUCGUGACCGAACACCAGCCGUUCAACAGAACAUAUGUUGCUGUGAAUGGUAUUGCUAUCACUGGCGUCAACGCACAUGUUUUAUUACAUGGACAUUUUAAACCCAAGGAUCUAAACCGAUACAAAUCUAACAUUCCUCACUUGGUUACUGUUUCUGCGAGACAAGAUUCGUCGGUAAAAAAAAUUUUAGCCGACCUGAAGUCCAAAACUAUCGACCCUGAGGAGUUGGCUCUUUUCCAUAACAUACAUGAGACCAGAAUCAGCGGUCAUUUGGGCAGAGGUUUCACUAUUCUAUCUACCAAUGCGGAAGGAGAGACAGUGUCAGUAUGUGAGAAGGCGGACUACUUUGACGACGCGCAGCGUCCUCUGUGGUUUGUGUACAGCGGCAUGGGCUCGCAGUGGGCCGGCAUGGGCACGCAGCUUAUGCGCAUACCGAUUUUCGCGGCUGCUAUUGAACGUUGCCAUCGUGUUCUGGAACCUCUGGGAGUGAACAUAGUGGACAUCAUAACCAAUCCCGACAAGACGACAUUCGACCACAUUCUGAACUCGUUCGUCGGCAUCGCCGCCGUGCAGAUCGGUCUCACCGAUGUGCUGAAAGCACUCGGACUGGUGCCGGAUAAGAUUAUAGGCCACAGUGUCGGAGAGUUGGGCUGCGCAUACGCCGACGGUUGCUUCACUGCUGAAGAAAUGAUACUAGCAGCCUAUUACCGUGGUCUUGUAUCUGUACAGACACCUUUCAUCCGAGGAUCUAUGGCUGCUGUGGGGAUUGGUUAUAAACAGGUGAUCAAACUGUGCCCACCAGAGAUUGAGGUUGCGUGUCACAACGGCCCCGAAUCCAGCACCAUAUCCGGUCCAGCUGACGUCAUGAAGGAAUUCGUAGCUCAGCUCACCGAGAAGCAGAUAUUCGCCAAGGAAGUCCCAUGCUCGAAUAUUGCUUACCACUCCAGAUAUAUUGCUAAAGCUGGUCCUGCUCUUCUCAAGUAUAUGAACCAAGUGAUCAAGUCACCGAAGCUUCGUAGUGAUAAAUGGGUGUCAACUUCAGUACCGCAAGAGAGAUGGAACGAACCCAUCGCUCAAUACUCUUCAGCGGAAUAUCACACUAACAAUCUACUUAAUUCGGUGCUAUUCGAAGAGACGUCAAAAUUGAUACCACCUAACGCUGUACUCGUGGAGAUAGCUCCCCAUGGCUUACUGCAAGCUAUCCUCAAGCGAUCCCUGCCAGAGUCCUGUCGCCACGUUCCUCUCACUAGGCGAGGACAUCCAGAUAAUGUGCAAUUCCUGCUUGAAGCUGUUGGAAAACUUUACAUGGAGGGGUACAAUCCAAAAGUUGCAGCGCUGUAUCCUCAAAUCGAGUUCCCCGUUUCCACAGGGACUCCAAUGUUGUCCCAUUUGGUAGAAUGGGCUCAUCAUGAGAAAUGGAACAUCCCGCUGUAUGUAUCAGCGCAUAGAAUUGUCGCAGCUUCAUGCAAGUUUGUCUACUCCGUUUACGAUGUGGAAAAUGAAUAUCUUACUGGAAGUGUAAUAAGAGGAAAGAAUACAUUACCGUUCACGUCAGCUCUGAUCGCAGCUUGGGACUUACUUGCCAUGUCGCUCGGUCUGCUAAAGAAACAAUUGUCGGUGCAAUUCAAAGAUGUAAAGUUGUACUGCCAACCGAUGCUUCAUAAGCAGCGUCAGUUGCGCCUCUUCGCUACCCUUCACCGUGGAACGGGCUAUUUCGAGAUUAUGGACGAACAUAACAGAGUUGCAACGGGUUAUAUCAAGGGUGAAGUUGAAGAUGACGAGAGGCCGUUCAUAAACGAAUUCACCUCAUCCGAGGAAUUGGAUUUAAAAUCAGAGGAUAUAUAUGAGAUAUUAAAAAAACGAGGAUUUAAUUACAGUGGUGAAUUCCAAAGCAUUCAGAAAUCAAACAAAUCGUUAACAGAAGCUCAAAUAAUCUGGAAUAACAACUGGGUGACUUUCAUUGAUGGCAUGUUACAAUUGAAUAUACUUGCUCGAUCUCACGACUCGAUCUCCCUGCCUACACACAUCAGGAAGAUAAUCAUCGAUAUUAAGAGGCACAGCGAAACACAAGUUGGCAAUAAAAAUGUCAUGACAGCUCAAGUUUUUGAUAUACUUAAGUAUACAAGAUGCGGUGGUGUUGUUAUAGAAGAUCUUAAGUUCCGUGAUCUGCCAUCAUUGACAAAGGAAGCAGAUUUGAUGGCACUGAAAGUUGUUCCGUAUUUCCAACAAAAUACAACAGACUUCUCCACCGCCAUGUUGAUAUUGCUUCAAAUCGUAGCUGAGAAUUUGAAUAAAACGAACAUCAAUAUUGUCGAACUUUGUGAUAACGAUGACGAAGAGUCAAGUUUCGAAAACUUGACUGAUGUUUUUAAAAUGAUGCCCUCAAUUAAAGUUCAACACAAUAAAAUCAAUAGAAGAAACGUGCUGGAAGAAAGAGUUCAUUUCCUAACGGAUGUUGAUUUGCUGCUCGUUACAGAUCUGUCCAAAGAUGAUAAGUUAUGUCAAACACUUUACCGUGUUCUCUGCCGUGAUAACUUUAUAGUAAACAGAGACAAUGAUGCAAGUGAAUCACCUUUAAAUAGACCAUCAGCUUUGUACCGUGUAGUCAGUGCGCAAAAUAUGAAAAACAGUCGCGUAGAGCUGGUAAGAUGGCGACCAACAACUACUACAGCGUCUACCAGUGCGUUUACUGUACGAACAGCUUCAGAUUUAGCUUUACUGGUUUCCUCACAAGCAACUCUACCACAACGACACAAGUUGCUCAUCAUUACGUCAUAUCCACCAAUCGAUGGGCUUAAGGAACUGGUGCAGAAAUGGAGAAAGGAUCGCAACCAAAUCUACGUUGUUAUGAUUAAUCAUAAAAUCGCUGAAGAUCAAACAAUCGAUCAGUUGCCUAAUUUAGAUUUGGCUUUCAACGUGCUCGAUAAUGGUCAAUGGUGCGGCGAAUUCACUGUUCCACUUCAACAGAAACUUUCCACAGCACAUAAUGUAACACUUCAAAGUUCUCGCAUCGGAGAUUUCAAUUCUUUGCACUGGGUAGAGAUGCCCAAUAGCAAAGGUUCUGGAGUAAAAGUUAAUGUCCACUACGCUGGAAUUAAUAAUACUGAUAUUAAGAGAUGUUCAGGAAUAAUCCCACGUGUUGGAAAAGAAAACUGUUUUGGAAUGGACUUCAGUGGUGUGACUGAGAGUGGUGAGCGUGUAAUGGGCGUUUUGCCGUCCGGUGCGCUCAGCUCGCACGUGCUGGCGGAUCCCAAGCUGCUGUGGCCGGUUCCCGAGCACUGGACAUUGGAGGAGGCGGCCACCGUACCACUCGCAUACUCAUUCGCCCUCUACUGUAUUGGUAUUAAAGUCAUGCUAAACUCGAAAAUGAAAGUGCUCGUGCACGGUGGCGCGGGUGCACUUGGUCAGGCUGUCAUAUCCAUAGCCUUGGCUAACGGGUGCGAUGUCUUCACUACGGUUAGCGACAUCAGCAAAAAACGAUUCCUGUGCAAGAUGUUCCCGCAACUUAAAGAAAAUCAAAUCGGCAACUCGCGUGAUCAUACCUUCGCUGACAUGGUACUGGCUGCCACCAAUGGUGAAGGAUGUCAUGUUACCAUAAGCUGUGUAACUGGAAAUCUUAAAGAUGUAACACUCAAAUGCUUGGGUCUCUGCGGGAUAAAUUUUGAUACAAUUCAAAUUACGACGCGUGACAAUUUCGCGUAUGGCAUGUUCAACAUGACAAAAGAGAGGUCCUACAUGGCCGUUGACUUUGCACAUGCUUUAAGGCAAGGAAACGUAAAAGAAAUCUCUAACUUACAGUUAAUGUUAGCUGAAGGCAUCAAGCGUGGCUACGUGCGGCCAUUGUCUCGUGUUGUGUAUAGUCCUUCUGAGGUGCCGCGUGCUUUCCGCUUGUUGGCAGCCAGUCGCCACCGUGGUCGUGCCUUGAUACAGCUGCGAGGAAAUCAAGAUGCUCACACACUGAAGACAGAACCUAGAUUAAACUGCUCACCUGAUUUAAGCCAUUUAAUUUUGUGCAACAAUAACUACUUGGGAUUAAGAAUCGCAGAAAGAUUAGUCCAGCGCGGCGCAACGAAGAUAUAUCUGCAUUCUUUGAAACCAUCUGGACGUCUUGAUUUCGAAAUUAGGUCACUCGAAAAACAAGGUGUGAAAGUAUUACUUUCCAACGAUGUAUUAAGGAGCAGUGAUGAUGUUAAUAAAUUGUUAGUUAAAUGCACAAAUCUAAGUCCUAUAGAAGGUGUCUACGUGAUCGCAGUUGAUGAUAAAUAUGAAGAACAAUUCAAUGUAAUUCAAGAGUUAGAUACGGCUACAAGAAAACUUUGCCCACAAAUUAGGUACUUUGGAGUUAUCAAUGGAACUACAGAUUACGGAGUUCAAUGUUGCCUCUCAAGAGUACAGGACAGAUUGCCAGCCACAUUGAUAAAACUACCAACACUCAAUAAGAUGGGUGAUCAUGAUUCGAAAUCCGAAGAAGCAUUAACCGAAAUGGAUGCCUUGAAUGUAUUUGAACGUAGCCUUAGAUCUACUGAGGCUGUUGUGAUCGCAAACACACGGGAAAUGCAGUCGCAAUCGCUUCUGCAACAAAUUGCGAAUGUGGCAGGUAUUGAAAUACCCCAAGACGUUGCAGAAGAGGCCACUUUAUCAGACCUAGACUUCGAUAGCGACAAGUCCGCAAACAUCACGACGUACUUACGAGAUGUUCACAAUAUAUCAGUGUUAGAAGAACACGUCCCAUACUUGACAGUGCAGAAAAUACGCGAAAUAGAAGAAUCAAUGAGAGACAUAGAAUUCAAAGAAACCAAAGGCUUGUCUACAUUCUACUCACAUGUGGACGCUGAUGAACUUGAAGUGACCACUGAAAUGGUGUUUUUGCCUACACUAGUUAAUAAUUCUGCUAUGCGUGACGAUGAAUUCGACGCUACCCAGACAUACUUGUGUAUAAUACCCGGGUUAGAGGGUAACCGUCAACGUUUCCGCACUCUUUGCGAGCGAAUCAAGUUGCCAGCUGUGGUCCUGCAGCCCGGCCUCGACCGGCCAGAUGAAACAGUGCCCAAUCUUGCCAAAAGAUAUGCAGAGACGCUCUUGAAAAAAACUGCACUGAAGCAAAGCUUUUACCUUUUGGGAUAUGAAAGUGGUAUCCUAGUGGCAUUGGAAAUGGCAGCAAUCUUGGAAGAUCACGGAUUAACUGGCACAGUCUUCUGCAUCGGAGCAUCGCCUGACGAAUUACAAGUAAUUCUUAAAGAACAUCUAAGCGAAUAUGAUACCGACGAAGCAUUACGAAUGGCAGUAGCUAGACAUAUCUUCAGUUUGAUGGUAGGGGGGAACACUGAUGGAUUUGAAAAGGCGAUAACAGGUGCUUUCACUUGGAAGGAGAAGUUAGAAGCUUGUUCCCGCUCUAUUCUUGGCAAGGUGUCUCAUUCCGCGCAAUAUACUAAAGAAAUGAUCGAUUGCGCGUAUAGAAGAAUUAAACAAAUCCAAGAUUAUAAGUCUACACCAAGAGCUCUUCGUUCAAAGAUAAUUCUUCUCCGUGCUGCUUCUGUGGGUACUGACAAUCAGUCCUUGCAGAAAUAUUCCAAGCACCCGAUCACUGUAUAUGAUCUAAGUGCGCCGUUAGCUGACUCCGCUAUGGAUUUACGUUGUUCAGCUUUAAUUAAUAAUCAUCUAGAUACAGAACUACUGGAGGAGUUUGAGAAGAAGAAUCUCUGCGAUACUUAUUUGCUCAACGCAGAUACAUUCAUGACUACGUCUAAUGAAAUUUAGAACUUUAAACAAACAUCUAAAUCUUCUUGAAAA